AUGUGUAUUCUGCCUGUCCUCACCUACGGUGCCCAAACGUGGUCAUUCACCGAGGGUCAGAAGUCCAAAUUGAAGGUUGUUAACUCAUGUCUUUACGUCAGUUUCGUUUUAUUAAUAAAACCCCUGGCUUAUUCAUUUCCUGUACUAUUUUCUAACAAGUGCAAGUGUUACAGUGCGAGUUUUACGUACACGGAGAAAUUCACCUUGAAACAAUGUUCGUCUGACUUUGAGUACCAUGUAAUCCAGUCUAAGAAAGACCUCGACUCUGAGGAUGAAUCUGGAUCAUUAAAGACUCAGAAGAAAACAACCAAAAGGAAAAACGCUUCUCAGAUCCCGAAACGUGACGCGGGCUGGUCGCUGGACAGACACGUCGUCGAAGAAUGUGCUAGUAAAAGCAAGAAGAUCAAACCAAAGAAAACUGUGAAAAAGCACGCAUCGUCCGUGUUAAUAACUGAUACGUUGCAGGACAGUGACACUGACCUUGAUGAAGAAGACAAAACUAAAAGUACGACAACCAAGUCGAAGAAAGAGACACCUGAUUGUAAGCCAGGCUGGUUUUCAAACUGGGGUGACGAAGGACAUGUUGAAGCCCAGCGUCGAGCAUCCGCUGCCAACUCUCUGUCGUCCGUGCUGAUACGUCGCGUCCCAGGCGGCUACGUGCGUCGCACAGCUUCGUUAACCGGUGAUCUUUUUAUUGAUCUUAAACUGUAUAACGUAGUAGAUAUUCAAAACGUUCCAUCUGAAGCCCGUUGGGAGAAAGCGCUGGUUAAUUUUAAAUAUCGUGUGGAUUCCGUUUCGGAUAUAGUAGAUGGAAUAAAUAAGAUUCUAAAGCGUUGUAAGGACGACUUUACAGAUGAAGGAACCUUUUUCCCAGAUAAAAAAAGCCAAUAAUCUUUAAUCUUUUUUACGUCUAAUUUAGUCUAUUCCUAUGUCAAUAGGCAAAAUGCCUCAUAAUAGCUCCAUAUUUUGUUCAGUGUGUGACAUAAGUAUUCCAAGUAAAGCCUUUUCUGCUCACUUGCGCACUAACUUGCAUAAAAAUAAUAACUCUGUUCAAUUAACUCCUGAUAUUGAAAAAAUAAGCAGCGCUUUCCGUAGUAGAAUAGCAUCAUACAGAGUGCGUU